AUGGCAACAUCAAGUAAGCCGCGCUGCGCAACAUGUAACAAAGCAGCCGGCAUUUUCAGCUGUUAUGGAUGUUCACAACACUUUUGCGUACCUCACGCAAAUGAACAUCGGCAAUUACUCACCAAAGAGCUGGAUGAAGAAAUUAUUCUCGCUCAUGAUCAAAUUCAACAAAAUAUUAAUGAGAAUACAACGAAGCCUCAACUCCAUCCUCUCAUGAAACAAAUUGACGAAUGGGAGCAACAAUCGAUGAAUAAAAUUCGUCAGGCUGCUGACGAAGCUCGAAAGCAACUAUUGAGCAUUAUAGAAAAACAUAUGGAUAAUAUUAAAAAAUCUUUGGGACUACUCACUGAACAACUAAAUAAAGCUCGUGUGGAUGACGAAUUCGUUGAAACUGAUAUCAAGGAAUGGAAAGAGAGGCUGGAAAAAUUAAAAAAAGAGAUGAAUGCACCACAAAGCAUCAAAAUUCAACAAGAUAACAAUAUGAUUGGAUUCAUAUCUAAAAUUUUGAUAAAUGAAAAUUUAUCAACAAUCGAUAUCUUUGAAAAAAUACAGGGUAGUGUUCAAAUUGAAGACAAUGGUCAAGUGAUUAGUCAUGAUCAGACAAUUAGUGAUUCAGCAGUUCGUGGUAGGUGUGAAUAUUCUUCAGGACAACAUCGGUUUCGAUUUAAAAUUGAACAACUCGAUGGUAACAAAUGGAGUUUUUUUGGAAUUGUAUCAAAAGAUACUGCUAUUCAGCCAUCGUCAUACUUUGCUCCUACUACUUAUGGUUGGGCUGGAAAAAACCAAAUCUAUUUGAAUGGCGUUCAGAACAUUGGAUUUGAUGGUUAUAAAAGUGACAUGGAAAUAAAUGACGUUUUAGAAUUAUUUGUUGAUUGUGAUCGACGAAGAAUUCGUUUGACAAAUGAACGAACUCAUAGUACUUGCGAACUUGAUGUUAAUGUAACUAAAUGUCCCUUCCCAUGGCAGCUGAGUUUCUGUCUUGCGUAUCCACGCGAUCGUAUUCGUUUUCUAUUAUGA